AUGACCAAACUCGGCUUCGCUCUCCUCGCUGCCCUGGCCGGCAGCGCCAUCGCCGUCCCCGCCCCAGCAGUCACCCAAGCCCCCGGCGUGCACGCCUACGCCAAGCGCGCCACCUCCUGCACAUUCUCCGGCUCCGACGGCGCCUCCAAGGCCAGCAAGUCGCAAGCCGCGUGCGCCACCAUCGUCCUCAACAACGUCGCUGUCCCCAGCGGCGAGACCCUGGACCUCAGCAAGCUCAAGGACAACACCAAGGUCAUCUUCAAGGGAACCACUACUUGGGGAUACAAGGAGUGGAAGGGGCCUCUUAUGAAGAUCUCUGGAAACAAGAUCACUGUUGAGGGCUCUGGUGCUGUGCUUAAUGCUGGUGGUGAGAAAUAUUGGGAUGGAAAUGGAGGAAACAGUGGAAAAACAAAGCCCAAGUUCUUUGCGGCUCAUAAGCUCACUGACUCCAAGAUCAACAAUCUUUAUGUCAAGAACACUCCUGUUCAGGCUGUGAGCAUCAACGGUGUUAAUGGUCUUACCAUCAACCAGUUCACUCUUGAUAACAAGGAUGGUGACAGCAAGGGCGGUCACAACACCGAUGCUUUUGAUAUCGGUUCUUCCACCGGUGUCACCAUCACCGGCGCCAAGGUCUACAACCAGGACGACUGUGUUGCCGUCAACUCCGGAAAGAACAUCAUCUUCCAGAACGGUUACUGCCACGGCGGUCACGGUCUCUCCAUCGGCAGUGUCGGCGGCCGCGACGACAACAUCGUCGACAACGUGCAGUUCCUCAACUCCGAGGUCGUCAACUCCGCCAACGGCAUCCGCGUCAAGACCAUGAAGAACACCACCGGCAAGGUCAACAAGGUCACCUACUCCGACAUCACCCUCUCCGGCAUCACCAAGUACGGAAUCCUCAUUGAGCAGAACUACGACGGCGGCGAUCUCCACGGCGAGCCCACCAGCGGCCUCCCCAUUACCGGACUCACCCUCAAGAACAUCAAGGGUAAGAACGGUGUUUCUUCCAGCGGCAAGAAUGCUGCCAUUGUCUGUGGAAGCUCGGGUUGCAAGAACUGGACUUGGCAGAAUGUUCAGGUCACUGGUGGUAAGAAGUAUGAUAGCUGCAAGAACGUUCCCAGCGUCGCUUCUUGCUAA